AGCAGUGCUACAGCUUGCUUUUUUGCGCCGCGACUCGCGAGCCUUGAGGAUCUGCUUUACCCGUCAUCUCUUGUCAAUGUUGAGCCAGCCAUUCCUGUGAUUCCAGACCAUUAAAAGGUGGAAAAGGAGGUGCAGGAUAUUAGCGGUGCGAGCAGGGGAGGUUGCCAAGCACUCGUAGACAUGGCAUCAGGUCCUGCAAGGAAGCGGCCGAGGAGACGCUUGGGCCACACCUUGCAGAAACCAUCCAAGACAACUCCAGGCCUCGACUCUGAGUGCCAGUGGGAGAAGCUGCCGGACGACGUCAUCACUCGCAUCCUCAGCUUGGCGAGCUUGAAAAAGGAGAAGCCAUCAGAAAGUAAGGAUGCAUGCCUUGAGAAAGGGGACUGGCCGGGGGGCACGCUCCCACUCUCCGCAGCAAGUCUCUGCAAGCUGGGAGCCGUCUGCUCCAUGUUUCGGCGGCUGGUGCCGCAGGUGGAAAGCGUAGCCUGGGAGUUUGAGUACAGCUUUUCGGGUCCGAACGUGCUGGCGCUCGUACAGUUUGCCAAGAGGGCGCAGAUGCUGCGGGGGCUGAGGAUCUACCGGGAGUAUGACCUGGGGCCGAUUCUCGCUGAGGAUCUGACCGCCAUCCUGAGAGCAUCCCCCCAGCUGACCACGUUAGAGCUGCACGAGAGCGUUGUAGACGAUUCUUAUGAGUCUGACGAGGAGUUUGACGGGGAUGGGGAGCAAACGGGGGUCCCCUUUACUGCCCAGCAGCUGUUUGAUGCGCUGGCGAACUGCCCCCAGUUGGUCGCCGUCAGCCUUUGGCUGGAACACCUGGACCUCGUCAAGCCCUUCAAAGUGAGCCAUUCGUUUUGCAACCUGCGACAGCUGUCGCUGAAUACUCGGGGGACCAUCGUUUCAGACGGGCUAGUGUCCGGCGCCGCGGUCGCAUACCUCGUCCGGUUGUGUCCAAAUCUGCAGAGCCUCUCCCUGCGAGCCGAGCCAGACGGCACAGGAAAGCUGUUCCUGGUGUCCGGUUCGCUUGAGGUCGUGGACUUGGUGGGCUUUGCAGUACUCAAGCUCAGACUGGAGACCCCCUCUCUAGUUACCUUGCGCCUCGGUUGGUGCCCCGAGAGGGUCGUACUGCAGGCCCCCCAGCUGGCCACCUUCCAGUGCACCAACGCAGUGUUCAAUCUGUCAGAGUUCAAGCUAGCCGUGCCUUGGCAACUCACAGAGCUUAUCUUGAGUGAGGAGAUCGAACAGGAGGAGCUGUUAGCCGGCCUCGUUCUCUGCCCUGGGCUGAAGCGUCUCGAUCUCUCGGGGCUGACUUUCACGUAUGGCCACUUUGACCUUAGAACCAUGAGAGCGUUGGCCGGCCUCAAGCACUUAGAGGAGCUUCUCAUCGACAGCGAGGUGGCCAUGGAGGAGCAAAACGAGGGUUCGGACGAGGGUGACUUUGACUUGACUCCUGAGAACAUCAUGGAAGUGGUGCUCCCCAGCUUGCGUUCUCUAAGGGUGAACCUGGCAACUGCCGAGUGCCUCUCGUUCGCGGGGCUGUUUGUGAUGCGAGCACCGAAGCUGCGCGAGUUGGUUCUAGGCGUGGGGGACUUGAACCGCGGGGGUUGCAACUGCUUCGGUGCCGACGGGCUGUGCUUGGGCGUCAAGGGAGAGAUCAUUGGCUUCCAAAUGGAUGUUGCUAUGCUUAACCCCGAGGUUAGGGUGAGGUUAGACACCACCCCCUCCAAACCCGCUGAAGAUUCCUGCGAGUCGGACGAGGAUCCGGAUGACAGUGAGGAUGACCUAGACCUUUCAGACGUGCAAGGGUAUUUCGGGGGGGACUCGGAGAGCGAUGGCAGCGGCGGGGGGCGCUCCGAGAGUGAGGAAAUGGGGGAGCGCUUCGAGGUUGGGGAUUCAGAGGGCGAGGUAUCGGAGGAAGAGGGAUUCGCGGGGGAGGCAAGCAGUGACGAGUCAGGGAGUGAAGAGGAUGUUGCUGUUGUUAACCGUGAGGAUUUUGACUUCCAUGAUCCGGAACAGGACGAUGCUAGUGACUGGGAGGAGGGGAGGGAGGCGUGGGGGGCGGGGCUGUCUAGUCAGGUGGAAGGAGGCAAGGUCCAGACUUAG